CACACCUUUGCUGGGGUGGGAUAAAAAGUGUUCACUGCACAUUUUUAGAAGAAGAAAACAUCAGGGGAGGACAGAGGGGGGUUUCAUCUAAAGAGGUUCUCCAUUCCUUCAGGAAAGCAAUCUAGGUGGCUAUGAUAUGGAUGGAACCAAGAAAAGCAGGGGAGAAGGCUCCGAAGUCACAGAAAGAGUCAUCACUGAAACAGUAACCACAAGACUUACAUCCUUACCACCAAAAGGAGGGACCAGCAAUGGAUAUGCUAAAACAUCAUCUCUCAGUGGAGGGAGUAGGCUGGAGAAGCAGAGUUUAACCCACGGCAGCAGCGGCUAUAUAAACUCCAGUGGAAGUUUAAGAGGAAAUGCCUCUACUUCCAGCUACAGGAGGACCCAGUCUCCUGCCUCUACAGUCCCCAAUUCACCAGGCUCAACCUUUGAAAGGAAAAGUCAUGCCACCCGCAAUGCAACAUACGAAGGGAGCUCCAGUGGGAAUUCUUCUCCAGAAUACCCUCGGAAGGAAUUUGGAUCUUCCUCCACCAGAGGACGGAGCCAGACUCGAGAGAGUGAAAUUCGUGUUCGCUUGCAAAGUGCUUCUCCAUCUACCCGAUGGACAGAAUUGGAUGAUGUGAAACGUUUGCUCAAGGGAAGCCGAUCAGCAAGCGCAAGUCCCACUCGGAACUCCUCCAACACCCUCCCCAUCCCCAAGAAGGCUACUGUGGAAACCAAGAUGGUGACUGAAAGCUCUCAGUCAGUAUCAGGCACUUAUGAUACAACUAUCGUAGAUGCUAACCUCCCCUCCUACAUGUGGUCCUCCACCUUGCCUUCGGGUUCCUCCAUGGCAGCUUAUCACAACAACAUGGCAGCCCAGAGCUCUUCCCUCCUCAAUACAAAUGCUUAUUCAACAGGAUCAGUAUUUGGUGUUCCCAACAAUAUGGCUUCCUGCUCACCCACUCUACACCCUGGGCUCAGCACCUGUUCCUCAGUGUUUGGCGUCCAAAACAAUUUGGCUCCCAGCUCUUCCACCCUGGCUCAUGGAACAUCCACCACCACCACCUCUACAGUGUAUGGCAUAAAGAAAAACAUGCCCCAGUCUCCUACUGUUGUAAGUACAGGUGUGAGCACCUCUGCAGCCGGUACCACAAGCUCCCACAGUGAUGACCUGCUACGCAAGGACUGUAAGUUCUUGCUGCUGGAGAAGGACAACGCUCCAGCCAAGAAAGAGAUGGAGCUGCUGAUCAUGACCAAAGACAGCGGGAAGGUCUUCACUGCUUCCACCACCGGGCUCAGUACAACUUCAUUCUUAGAUGACACUCUGAAAAAAGACAAGCAAGCAAUCUCAUCCUCCUACAUCUCUGACUCCUGUCUCAAGUCUGAAGCUAAUGGAGGCUUGAAGGUUGCAUCCACCAAGGACAAAGCCACUUAUGCAGAAAUCCAGGGAGAUGACCGAGGUUUUGGUGGUGCAGGAGGAGGUGGAGGAGGCGGUGGAGCAGGUUUUGGGGCUGCCCCUGCCUGGUGUCCUUGCGGUUCCUGCUGCAGCUGGUGGAAGUGGCUGUUAGGCCUGCUCCUGGCCUGGCUGUUGCUUCUUGGAUUGCUUUUUGGACUCAUUGCUUUGGCGGAGGAGGUGAGGAAGCUGAAAGCUCGUGUGGAUGACCUGGAGAAUAUCAAUACUAGUAUGUUACGUGAUGAAGACAAGAUCAGCAAAGGUCGAAUCUCUGCUGUCUCCAACGUUGGCUGGGGGACUGGUGAGCUGGACAGUCACAAUCAGGAGGUUCUCUGGGCAUUUGUGAAAAACAGGCUGCAAACAGAACAAGACAAAGGAAAUCUUCGAGGAAACCCUGGACCGAAAGGUGAUAUGGGAAUUCAAGGCCCAAAAGGAGACCGAGGGCUUCCUGGAGUUCCAGGUGUCCCAGGGGCUAUGGGCCAUCCAGGCCCAGAAGGACCAAAGGGACAGAAAGGCAGUGUAGGGGAACCUGGCAUGGAGGGACACCAAGGUCAAAGAGGACAAGAAGGUCCAACGGGGCCUCGUGGUGAACCAGGACCCCCUGGCUUUGGAGAAAAGGGAGAUAGAGGUGUUGCUGGUAAUCCAGGUCCUCAAGGCCCCCCUGGUGUCCCUGGUUCUGUUGGUCCCAAAGGUUCCAUUGGUGCCCCAGGACCUCAGGGCCCCUCAGGUCCUUCUGGCCUCCAAGGCUUCAGAGGCGAAGUUGGUCUCCCUGGUCCCAAAGGUGAUAAAGGACCAAUGGGAUCCCCAGGACCCAAAGGUGAUCCAGGUGAGAAAGGAUCUCGAGGUCUCACAGGAGAACCUGGCUUAAGAGGUCUUCCUGGUGCCACAGGUGAACCUGGUGCUAAAGGAGCAAUGGGUCCAGCUGGCCCAGAUGGACACCAAGGCCCAAGAGGUGAACAAGGUCUGACAGGGAUGCCUGGAAUCCGUGGACCACCAGGACCCACAGGAGAAGGAGGAAAGCCAGGCCUCACAGGACCCCAAGGACCUCCAGGACUUCCUGGGAACCCAGGCCGACCAGGGGCUAAAGGUGACACUGGUACUCCAGGCAGGAUUGUAACUUCAGAAGGAACAUCGACAGUCACUGUACCAGGGCCUCCAGGACCACCUGGAGCCCUGGGACCCCCAGGACCACCCGGCCUUCCAGGACCUGCUGGCCCAGCUGGUCUCCCAGGACAGCAAGGUCCCCGAGGAGAGAGAGGCAUCCCAGGGGAAUCGAUCAUUGGAAGCAGCUCUUCUUCAGGGGCUGCUUCUGCUCCUCACACUGCUCAAUUGCAAGGCCCCCCUGGACCACCAGGACCACCAGGACCACCAGGAGCCUCCAUCACAGGCCCUCCAGGACCCCGAGGUCCAGCAGGGGAAGGCCUACCAGGACCUCCUGGACCACCUGGAAGUUUCCUUACAAACUCAGAAACGUUCUUCUCUGGCCCCCCUGGUCCACCUGGACCUCCUGGUCCCAAGGGAGAUCAAGGUUCUCCCGGACCUAGAGGAUAUCAAGGAGACCCCGGACUCCCAGGACUCUCUGUCUCAGGUUCAGACACUCUGGGGGUCUCGCUACAAGGCCCACCUGGCCCACCUGGUGCUCAGGGACUUCCAGGACCCAAAGGUGACAAAGGUGACCCUGGUGUCCCAGGUGCUCCUGGCAUCCCUGGAAGCCCCUCUCGAGGGGGAUCAUCAAGUUCUAGGGGACCCCCAGGUCCCCCUGGCCCUCCUGGACCUCCUGGUUCCAUCAGCAGCUCCAGACGGGAGAUUCAACAGUACAUCUCUGAUUACAUGCAAAGUGACAGCAUCAGAAGUCACCUGUCUGGAAUUCAGGGUCCCCCUGGCCCUCCAGGACCUCCAGGGCCUGUCACCACCAUUGGUGGGGAGACUUUUGACUACACUGAGUUGGCGAGCCGAGUCAUGAACUACUUACGGACUUCUGGGUACAAUUUGGGCUCCUUUUCCUCUAUUUCCUCUGAAGACAUCCUGCUUGUGCUGCAAAGAGAAGAAGUACGCCAGUACCUCCGGCAAUAUCUGAUGGGUCCUCGAGGACCUCCUGGGCCACCAGGAGCCGGUGGGGAGGGGUCCCUACAGUCUCUGGACUAUGAAGAGCUGACCAGUCGCAUCCUAAGCUACAUGAGAAGCUCUGGGAUUAGUGUUGGACUCCCUGGUCCCCCUGGUCCCCCAGGCCUGCCAGGAACAUCCUACCAGGAGCUACUGUCUCUGCUCCGAGGGUCUGAAUUUAGUGGCAUUGUUGGACCCCCUGGACCCCCUGGACCCCCAGGGCCUUCAGGCAGCUCCUGGUCCAGUCUCAGUAUGGAGGAACUUUCAUCUUACCUGCAGAGUGCAGGCCUCUCUUCAGUCUCUGGUCCUCCUGGCCCCCCUGGUCCUCCAGGCCCUCGUGGACCGCCUGGGGUUUCAGCAGCUUUGGCAACCUAUGCAGCUGAGAACAGUGAUAGCUUCCGGAGUGAGCUGAUUAGCUACCUCACAAGUCCUGAUGUCCGAAGCUUCAUCAUGGGACCUCCUGGCCCCCCAGGGCCUCAGGGCCCUCCGGGAGAUGGUCAGCUAAGGGAAGCUGAUGGUUUCUACAACCGAGGAAGCAGCAACUCUUACGGCUCUUCUGUCAGUCGGAGCACCUCCUACAGCUCCUCAAUGGGAGUAGGAGGAUCCAACGGUGGAGGAGGAGCCUAUGGUGCAAACUUGGAAGAUGGCGGCCCCUAUGGUACAGAUGUAGGCACCGGUAGAGGCUAUGGGGCAGCAGCAGGAGGCGGUGGCACAUAUGGCACUGAAGGCGGAGUUUUGGGUGCAGGCGUCACCGGGGACCUGGAUUACAAUGAACUGGCUGUGCGUGUGUCAGAGAGUUUGCAGCGUCAGGGUCUGCUACAAGGUAUGGCUUAUACUGUACAAGGACCACCAGGCCAGCCCGGGCCCCAGGGCCCUCCUGGUAUCAGCAAGGUAUUUUCGACCUACAGCAAUGUGACUGAGGACCUCAUGGACUUCUUCCGAACCCAUGGGACAAUUCCAGGACCAAAGGGAGAUACAGGCUUUCCAGGACCCAAAGGUGAGAGAGGACCAGCUGGCAAUCCUGGUAGACCUGGACCUCCAGGCCCCAGAGGACAAAAAGGAGACAAGGGAGACAAAGGUGAACAAGUCUAUGUUGGCAGGAGGAGGAGGAGGAGCAUUGCUGUCAAGCCAUGAGGAUACAUGCACUCCGUAUUAAAGCAUGCUGAACUCAUUCCUGAAGCAAGGGUGGGCUGAAAGUCUACUGGCUUCCUUUUAGCACAUCUUAGUCAAAAAACCAAAUAGUUUGGGUCAAGAAAUAUAAUAGUCUCAUAAUCUGAAAUUGCCUCACUGAUGCUGGUUUUGGCUCUCAUGUAACAGCACAUGGAUAAUUCCUCAGGCUGGAUAAACCUUAAGUACCAUUUUUGGGACUUAUCUGCUCUUAGUACUGGGCUCACAUUUCAUAGCCACUUGGGUGUUUACAACACAUCCCACAUACCAAGGGAAGUCAUGGACUCAAAUUUUCCUAUGACUUUCAGUCAUUAUUCCAGGAAUUCUUUACCUUUGCUGUGACAUAACUUUUAACUGGUUUUAAAUUGAGCUCAAAAGACAGGGAGUUUUCUUCCUUGAAGUAGUUCUUGGUGGUGGGUGGCUUCACUGCUUUGUCCCAGUUAACACGUCCAAGGUGGUUUUUUAGCUGUUCCCUACGUGCAUUUCUAUAUGUUCUCCCCAGUCAUAGAGAAGAGAGCUGACUAUGGAAAACUGAUCCAUUUAAGUUACUGGGAAGACUAGAAAGCCACAAUUCAAUUCUCCUCUAGGAGGAGAUACACAGUAAAGCUGGGUUUCCAAUUUUUAUUAUUUCUUUUGAAUACAUCAUGUUUUUACUUGAACAAGAAAAAGUAACAUCUAUUUGAGUGUCACCAGGCACCAAAUGUCUAUCUUCAUUUCUAAUGGCUGUUAGGCUAUUAAUAAACUACAAAGAGAGGUGGCCAAAGAGCUCAUGGGGGUUGGGGAUUGGAGGUACUAGAUACUGGACAAAUUGCUUCAGUUCUGAAAUGCCUACUUCUGACUAUGGGGGGAUGCAUAUGGGUGGGAAGGAGGGGGACUGUCAGGAUCAGAUGAAUUUAAGCACUUUUUAAAUUUUUAAAACAUCUGUAAGUGGUCAAGUUGAAGUUGUUUCAAUUGUUAAUUUCCAAUUAAAGUUUAUUAAUUGUAUAAAAUCUA